AUAUCGAACCCGCUUCCGCAUCGAGUGCGGAAGAUGCGCAAGGGAACCCGAAGUUGCACCGAAUGCCGAAGACGUAAAACUCGCUGUGUGUAUCCUCCUGGCGAUCCCGUGUGCGUCCUAUGCAAAUCGCGUGAUGGCCGCUGUAUUGAGCAGGGCUACGAGGAUGUCGGCAUUUCAGAAUCGAAAUCUAGCGUGCCGCGGAAACAACCUGCCAAUGAGAAGGCAUCUCAAGGCCGGAAUGGGACAUCAGCCGACCAACCUCCAAAAUUCAGUGGAGAUGCCGAGACGUCGGAUGUCCUCGUAUCAGAGAGAGCAAACUAUGCCCCGAUCGUAUCUUUGCUUCUUCUCGACAGAGACCAGAGGAUGUACCCUCCCUUCCUACUACCGCUUGAAGACAAAUCCGCAUACGUGUGCUCUACAAUACGUUCAAUGCUACCAGGCUAUGACACCAUCAUGUCUGUUCUCACCAAAAAUGGGUCGUGGUGGGACAGCUUCCGCUCAAAGGCAUAUGCUAUUUCUGAAGCCCCUUCUCAGACGAUAGAGGCCUUUUGCAAGCGAACAUAUACAAGCAGCAACCCAGCUGACAUUGGCGCCCUUGCAGUUGCGUUUGCCCGUAGCUUGAAUAAGCAUCGCUAUCUGUAUACCCUGGUAGACGACCUUGUCAUCUCGGACAUCAACUACACAGCAACUAUAGAGGGCCUGGAAUGCUUAAUCUUGCUUGCGAAAUCGUAUACCGAUUGCGGGCAGCCCAAGAGAGCUUGGCUCGUAUGGAGAAAAGGCGCUUCCGCAACGCAGCUGAUGGGCUUGUGCUGUGGGAAGAACUACUCCCGCACAGAGCUGAGGCUCUGGUGCGCCAUUUACCACGGCGAUAGAUUCUGCAGUAUGCUCCUUGGCUUGCCCUACGUGCUGAACGACAACCAUUACCAAUCUGUUCUCACAGCGGCUGGGAUGGGCCAAGGAUUUUACUUUGUUCUCAGAUGCGCCAUUAUCUGUGGAAGGAUCAUUGACCGCAAUAUGACCGCUGGCAAGCCGUCGUUUGCGAAGGCGAUGGAACUGGACGAAGAAUUAUCGUCCAUUGCAUCGACGCAGCCAGAGGAUUGGUGGUCCGUUCCGGAAAGCAUGGAUCAUUUCCAAUUACAAGGAUUAGAGCUAAGUGAUUUCAGAGAGCUGCUGCUGCAACAGUUCUACUUCUUUUGGGUCAAGCUGUACCUUCACUUGCCUUUUCUGGUAGAAUCAACAGCGAGCUCACCUCACUACUUCAGCAGAAUGGCCUGUAUAGAAUCGGCCAAGCAAAUUUUGAGGAGAUAUCGGCUUCUGCGCUGCAAAAACAAGUCUGGUUCUUGCUUAUUCGAAUGUAAGACAACGGAUUUCGCGUGCUUUACUGCCGCUGUUGUUCUUCUCAUCAGCACUUUCCACUGCAGCGCAGUAGGUCGCUCGUCCAGUGUAGAUGAGGAUCUGGAGCUGGUGGCGACUACCGAUAGGCUUUUACUUGGGGAAGAGGUUCAAAAUGAGUGCAAAGUAGCAGCGCAGUGUCGAAAAGUGCUUCAAACGCUCAGCCUAAACGAUCCCAUAACGGCGGACGAAAGUCGGGAAGUCAUAAUCCCAUUUUUCGGAGCGGUGAUCCGCAAG